AUGGCAGCUCAGCUUUCCGGUGGGCUGGCCCCGUUCACACUCGCCGGAAGUUCUCUCCACCGUCGUAGCAUUCUUUUUCCGUCCACAGCUCUAUCCGCUGCUCAUCCUUCCACCUCUUCGCCCCUUAUCCAGAUUGUUGGUGGAAAGGAUUUCGAAUGGAAUGAGAGCUCGAAAAUAAGCAGAACUUUGAACAUUGACCCUGAAGAUUUUGAUUGGGUAGAAUUGGAAUCUGAUCUUAAUUAUUGGACGAAAGCAAUACGCCCAGUUCAGUGGUAUCCUGGUCACAUUGCCAAAACUGAAAAGGAGCUCAAGGACCAGCUAAAAUUGAUGGAUGUUGUGAUUGAAGUUCGAGACGCUAGGAUACCGAUGUCCACUACCCAUCCGCUGAUGGAUUCGUGGUUGGGAAAUAGGAAGAGGAUUAUUGUUUUAAAUCGCGAAGACAUGAUUUCUAUAGCUGACCGAAAUGCUUGGGCUAGCUACUAUGCCAGGCUGGGAACAAAAGUGGUUUUCUCAAAUGGACAACUGGGAAUGGGGACCAUGAAGCUAAGCAGGUUAGCAAAGGAAUUGGCAGGUGAUGUAAACAUCAAGCGCAAAUCCAGAGGAUUGCUUCCUCGUCCGGUUCGUGCUGGCAUAGUUGGUUAUCCAAAUGUUGGUAAAUCAUCUCUGAUAAACCGGCUGCUCAAGCGUCGAAUGUGUCCCGCAGCUCCAAGACCAGGUGUCACAAGAGAGCUAAAGUGGAUUCGGUUUGGGACAGACUUAGAAUUGCUGGAUUCUCCUGGGAUAAUCCCGAUGAGGAUCAAUGAUCAGUCUGCAGCUAUUAAACUUGCCAUAUGUGACGAUAUUGGUGAGAGAGCAUAUGAUUUUUCUGACGUAGCAGGGAUUCUUGUGCAGAUUUUGGCACGGCUUCCCGCAGUGGGUAAUCAAGCUCUUCAACGCCGCUACAAGAUUGAUACUGAUGGCCAGGUUGGGAAAAUAUUUGUUCAGAAGAUCGCUCUUCGACUAUUCAAUGGGGACACUCACCAAGCAGCAUUUCGUAUCUUGUCGGAUUUUCGUAAAGGAAAAUUCGGUUGGGUAGCCAUAGAGAGGCCUCCUAAAGCAUAG